GCGAGGGAGAGCUGGAGAGAGCGCGAGCAGAGAGCGAGAGCGAGGGAGAGGAGAGGAGCGGAGAGGGCGGGCGAGGAAAGACGCGCGCAGAGACACACGGCCACAGGAAUUCCAUUAGGAAAAAAGUGAGCGAGCAAAGGUUAGCGGAUUUUUCUUUGAAUCUUUUCUUCGUCUUGGUGCGAAGCGACUCCGUCUCUGUCCUCGGAGCUCCGACCGGAUUGUUGCUGGCGCUCACACCCGUCGGUGGAUUUCUUUCCGAUUUGCGUUUAUUCUGACCCCCUCCCUUGCCACCUCCUUCCAGCUCCUCACUCUCCGAUCGCCUCGCCCCCACCUCCCCAGGUCCCUUCUGGGAAGCGCAGGGGAAUUGGACCCUCCGGGACCCGUGCCUUCCCGGACGACUGGAAGGAAAGGCUGACCUCAGGACCAACAGUGGGCUUAGAAAGCAGCCAGAACCAGCGACGUGUGUCUGGUUUUGGUGGGCAAGGAGGGUGUCGAGGGGCAGCCCACCGCCCGCCUCUCACCCCACCCCCUCCAGCCAGAGGCAAGGAUCGCAGGACUCAGGAUAUCAUCAGGCGGACUGGCUGGGAUCUCUGCAUUGGAUUCGGGGCUGAUUACCACUGCUUGGCUCUUACUAUUUUUUAAAAUUUUAUUUCAUUUUUUUAACCUAAGGGAGAAAGACAAAAUAACUGUGGGAUUUAUUUAACAUGAUCUUGGCAAACACCUUCUGCCUCCUCUUCUUUUUAGACGAGACCCUCCGCUCUUUGGCCAGCCCUUCCUCCCUGCAGGGCCCCGAGCUCCACGGCUGGCGCCCCCCAGUGGACUGUGUUCGGGCCAAUGAGCUGUGUGCGGCCGAGUCCAACUGCAGCUCCCGGUACCGAACGCUGCGGCAGUGCCUAGCGGGCCGGGACCGUAACACCAUGCUGGCCAACAAGGAGUGCCAGGCGGCACUGGAGGUCCUGCAGGAGAGCCCGCUCUACGACUGCCGUUGCAAGCGGGGCAUGAAGAAGGAGCUCCAGUGCCUGCAGAUCUACUGGAGCAUCCAUCUGGGGCUGACAGAGGGUGAGGAGUUCUAUGAGGCCUCCCCCUAUGAGCCUGUGACCUCGCGGCUCUCCGACAUCUUCAGGCUUGCUUCAAUCUUCUCAGGGACAGGAGCAGACCCGGCUGUCAGUGUCAAGAGCAACCACUGCCUGGACGCGGCCAAGGCCUGCAACCUGAAUGACAACUGCAAGAAGCUGCGCUCUUCCUACAUCUCCAUCUGCAACCGGGAGAUCUCGUCCACCGAGCGCUGCAACCGCCGCAAGUGCCACAAGGCCUUGCGCCAGUUCUUUGACCGUGUGCCCAGCGAGUACACCUACCGCAUGCUCUUCUGCUCCUGCCAAGACCAGGCCUGCGCCGAGCGCCGCCGGCAGACCAUCCUGCCCAGCUGCUCCUACGAGGACAAGGAGAAGCCCAACUGUCUGGAGCUCCGCAGCCUGUGCCGGACGGAUCACUUGUGCCGGUCCCGGCUGGCGGACUUCCACACCAACUGUCGAGCCUCCUAUCGCACGCUCACCAGCUGUCCUGCAGACAACUACCAGGCGUGUCUGGGCUCCUAUGCGGGCAUGAUCGGGUUUGAUAUGACCCCCAACUACGUGGACUCCAGCCCCACCAGUAUCGUGGUGUCACCCUGGUGCAGCUGUCGCGGCAGUGGGAACAUGGAAGAGGAGUGUGAGAAGUUCCUGAGGGACUUCACCGAGAACCCGUGCCUCCGAAACGCCAUCCAGGCCUUUGGCAAUGGCACAGAUGUGAACGUGUCCCCCAAGAGCCCCUCAUUCCAGGCCACCCAGGCCCCUCGGGUGGAUAAGACUCCUUCUUUGCCAGAUGACCUCAGUGACAGCACCAGCCUGGGGACCAGCGUCAUCACCACUUGCACAUCUGUCCAGGAGCAGGGGCUAAAGGCCAAUGACUCCAAAGAGUUAAGCAUGUGUUUCACAGAGCUCACGACAAAUAUCAUCCCAGGGAGCAAAAAGGUGAUCAAACCUAACUCAGGCCUCAGCAGAGCCCGACCGACGGCUGCCUUCACCAUGCUCCCCCUUCUGAUGCUGAAACUGGCCUUGUAAGCGCUGGGAACUGCAUCAAGAGAUUUCUACAAGCUGCAGAACUCCCGCCUGAGAAAAUGGAAAGACACCCAGACACACACAGACACACACAGACACACACAGACACACACACACACACCUUGCAAAAAAUUUUUUUCCCACCUUGUCUCUGAACCUGUCUCCUCCCAGGUUUCUGCUCUGGAGAAGUUUUUCUAAACCAAACAAACAAGCAGGCGGGCAGCCUGAGAGCCAGCCCACAGGUCCCCUGGCAAGGGCCACCAAGGGCCGAGGAAGGCACAGACUCUAGAAGUGCCCUUUACUGUCUCUGGUGUUUUUAUCUCUGGACCAAGAUGAGACCCUUGGUGUGGAGGGGACUGUGCAGUGCUUGAUGCAGGCUGAGGACAGGACACCUGCAGCUGCUCUCUCCAGCUGCCCACUCUGAGGACUUGCAGGGUCUGGAAGUGGGCACUGGUCAGUGGAGAAGCAGGGGUCUGACCAGCCAUGGGGUUCGGCUGGGCUGGUUGGCCCCCUCCUCCUGGCUUCAAAGAUGGAGAUGAUUUGGCCUCCCUUUCUGCCUUCUGGUGGCUAGGUGGGGCUGUGUCUGGUGUGGGAGCCCCCAUGGCCACUCUGGGUCCCCCUGAUUAGAGUCCGAGGGGGGCAGGUAGGGCUGGCUCGGGGCAGGGUUGGGGUAGCCUGGGAGACAAGCUCUGGGCUGCAUCUUCCUCCCUAAUGUCAGGAAUUUAAGUCAGAGAGAUAUGAUGCUUUACUGGCUUUCUUGGUUUUAUUUUGGGUCCAUUUAGUGGGGCUCCCCUUGGGAGAAGGACCACAGAGAGGGGCAGAAGAGACCGUGGCAGGACGAGGGUCACAGCACUGUCUGGUCUCUUGAGCUCAGGCCUCUCCUCUUCCCUCUCCACAUUUCCACCUUCUCUUUCCUCACUUCCUGGACACACAUCCCCUGUCUGUACAUAGCGAGGCUUCUUUCUAACAUGGGUGUACAUCUGCGUCCGUAUACAGAUAGCCUGUGGUCUCCUCCUCCUUUCCUUUUUCUAAGAAACGAAACUAUCAAAAUAAUACCCCACAGAUGAGCGAAAAUGUAUUAUUGUAAAGUUUAUUUUUUUUAAUAAUGUUGUCUAUAAUGGAAAAAAAAUGGAAAUGGACUCCUGGAGCCCCACUGCAGGUGGGCUGAGGGGCUGUGGCCUGGGACUCCUGAUCCACGUUCACUUAACCAAGGCUCCAAUAAACGUACUAGGAAGCAA